GUUAUUUUCCACGCACGACGCAAAGUUUUUUUUUCCAGAAUGAGUUUGGCAGAAUUAAAACAUAAUGGAAACGGGGAAACGGUACAGGCGAAUUAUAAUAAAUUUUCGGACCAUAUAAGAAGGCUUACUCCCCAUGGAAUACAAUGUAGUGUUUUCUGUGGGGGUGCCAACUGUAAAUAUGAAAAACCGGAAAAUUGGAAAGCUGAUAGUCUGGCGAUACAAGGAAUUUAUUCUAAUUGCUUGGGAAUUAAGUCAGUCAUAAACUUGCAAUGCAGUAACGAACACUCGAGCUGUGGACAACCAUUAGAAAAUUCUGGAUUUUCUUAUGAUCCCAACGCUUUUAUGGAACACGAUAUUUAUUAUUACAAUUUUGCUUGGAAAGACUAUGGCGAUGCAACUUUGGAAGGGCUGCUGAAUAUGGUAAAAGUUGUUGCUUUUGCCUUGAGCGAAGGAAGGGUGGCAAUUCAUUGUCACGCAGGCUUGGGGCGAACAGGAGUCCUUAUUGCUUGCUUUUUAGUAUAUUCUCUAAGGGUAACUGCAAAUGAAGCGAUACGAUUCGUGAGGCUGAAACGCCCGGGCUCUGUCCAAACUCGCGGGCAGAUUUUAUGUGUGCGGCAUUUUGCACAAUUUAUACUUCCACAAACUAUAACGUAUUUUUUAAGGGAUAAUGUGGCAAAAGACAAAUACAUGAACGAAUUUACAUUACACAGGUAUCUUAGAAGACAAAAAGUUGUUUUGCAUGGCUAUGAAGAAAGGAACUUCAAGUAUCUUCCAAAAAUUGUCUAUAAUAUUUGCGAGAGAAUUUUGAAACUAUGUACUUGUGAUGAACCUAAAAACAAUGAUAAUGCCAAUAAAUCUUUUACUAGAGAUUUUUUAACGGAUAAAAUAUUUAAAGCCAGUAAUUGUAGUAUAGCUAGUAUUCCAAGCCCUACCUCAGAAACAUCUUAUUUCUCGAGUCCGACGAUUGAAUUGCCAACACCAUUCAGUUCAACAACAUCAGAAGACGGUGACUUGAGUGAUACUUUCUCUGAAAUCAGUAAUCUAGAUGGCGAAGCAUUGGGUGAAGACUUUCUAUUGGAAAAUAAAUGUUUCCAAGAGUUGGAGACCCAAAAAAAAUUUUGCCAAGAUUCAGUUGAGGAAGUAUUAGUGGUUCAAAGUGUUGAUGAAGUUGUCAAUGCAUUGUUACAGGAUUUUGAUAGCUUCAGCUAUGAUACAAAAAGAAAAAUACGUCAAUAUGAAAAUGAAAUUAACUCUACAAAAUUGGGUUGGAUGAGACUCUCAGUAGAGACAAACUUGAAUAUAUUAGCUAGUUUGCUGUUUGAGUGGUUUGAAGGACUUAAAACGCCUAUACUACAGCUUGAACAUUUUGAAAACAUUGUUGUCAUGUAUAAACAACCUGAAGAAUGUUUUCACAAAAUUGGAUUGGAAGAAUGCUAUUUAAUAGAAUAUAUUCUAUUAUUUAUUUCUAAACUGCGACCAAUUAAUCCAACCGCUGUACAAGAUGUAUUGAAGAGAAUUAUUGGUAGUCUGUCAAAGCACACAAUUAAUUUAAAUUCCACGACUGUCCCAUCAGGUAAAUCAUUUAAGAAAAUUGGAGAGGGUACUUUGUCGUGCACUUUGGAAUUUUUCCAAUCCAUGAUUGGCCUUAUUGAAAACCACCACGGACAGAAUAUAUCGUCUUCCACCUUGGAUGAGAAAAAAUCCUGCAAUGAUUUUCAUAAUCCAGAAAUCGGCUUAUAAAACAUUCCAUAAGUAAAUGUGUAAUAUUCUGACCAACAAUAAAAUGUUUUGGCGCAAGUGUGUUUUUUUUUAAGUCCUAUAUGGUGAUUCAGGAAAAAACCUAUAUGUAUAAAUACAUGAAAUUCUGGUAUCCAAGAAAGCGGAAAAUAUUAGGAGAUAUUAUAGAUUAUUUAAAUUACCUACCCUUUUAUUUUUUUUUUGUUUUUUUUUCUCCAAAAUACAUAGAAAUUUCCAGUGAAGUGCAUGCACACCUUACAUAGGUACAUUGGAUGAAAUUUAUUAUAGUGUUUCCAGGACUAUCUUUUUCGUUAACAGAAGGGUUGAUGAAAUUACUUUGUAACCCUUUUUCAAUUGCACUUAGUAAAUCUAAACCGAUAAUUUGAGAAUAAUAUUACAUAUUAUAAUUGAAACAAAAGACACAAAUAUG